UCACUUCUUCCUUUCUCUUAAUUGAUGAUGAUGAUGGUGAAGAGUAUGUUAAAAUGCAUGAUGUAGUGCGGGAUUUUGCAUUAAACAUAGCUCCUAAAUACAACCACCAAUUCAUGGUAAAAGCUGGCAUUGGUCUACGAGAGUGGACAAACAUAGAUACAUUUGAAGAUUUCACAUGUAUCUCACUAAUGUCAAAUAAUACUAUAGAGCUACCUAAUGAGUUAGAAUGCCCAAAGUUACAGGUUUUGAUGGUGCAAGGCAGUGCUAAGAUUUGUUUUCCUGGGAAUUUCUUUCAAGGAAUGAAAAAUCUCAAUGUUUUAAACUUGAGUGGAUUCAGGCUCUUUUCACUGCUUGAUUCAGUUUCAUUUCUUUCAAAUCUUAGAACAUUAUAUAUUAGUGAUGGAGAGUUGGGUGACAUAGGAGUAAUUGGAAAGCUAAGUAAACUAGAGAUUCUUUGUCUCUCCGAAUCUAAUAUUAAGGAGAUCCCCAUAUCCUUUAGCCAAUUAAGUAAUCUCAGACUACUAGAUUUGAACGAUUGUUGGGAGUUAACACUAAAAUCUCGUGGUGUUAUAUUCUCUCUUAAAAAGUUAGAGGAGUUGUACAUUAAUAGAUUUUGGGAAUGGGAAUCUGAAAGUGAAAUUUUGAAAAGCAAUGCCAAUCUUGUUGAGUUACAAGCCUUGUCUCGAUUGACUCAUUUAGAGAUUUCUAUUUCAAACCUUGACCUCUCACCAAAAUUGUUAGUAUUCCCAAAUAACCUGUCCAAAUUUAAAUUAAGAAUAGGUUAUAUUGAAUAUAGUAACCAUUUUGAUGAAUAUUUGGAUGGGAGUAGGUACUCAAGAUAUAUGUGUGCCUCACAAACCAACAUUUCAAAAAUACAUGACUGUUGUUGGGUUAAAGGUUUGCUCAAAAGAACCGAGUGCCUAAUUUUAAAGAAAAUUGCUAAUUUAGAGAGCAUUAGCCAUAACCUAGUUGAAGACGGGUUCAAUGAAUUGAAGUAUCUUGAUAUCACAUUAUGUGAUGAGAUAAAGUAUCUCCUAAAUGCAAUGGAAGGGACACCAAACUCAACUUUCCACAAUUUAGAGGAAUUGAAUAUCUAUUGCAAUCCCAACUUGGUUGAACUAUGUCAUGGACAACCUCCAGCCCUCUCUUUCAGUAAAUUAAAAGUUUUAAAAGUUACAAGUUGCAGCAACAUGUUAAGUGUUGUACCAAGUCAUUUGUUACAGAGCUUACAAAAUUUUCAAACUUUUAAAACAUAUGGCUGUAGAUCAGUGGUGUAUAUAUUUGAUUGUAAAGAUAUUAAGAUUGCAGAGGGAGAAACCAAGUUACUAUCAUCAUUAGAGCAUCUAGAAUUGAAAGAAUUGCCUGAGUUGUCACAUAUAUGGAAGGGUGACCAUCAAUCCAUAAGCCUUCAUAACUUGAAAGAGGUAAAAAUUUGGUCAUGCAGUAAGUUAAUAAAACUAUUUUCACCAACUCUACUCCAAAGCCUUAUUUGUUUGGAAGAAAUAGAUAUAGCGUAUUGCAAUAAUUUAGAGGAGAUCUUUGAGAAGAAAGAAGCUUUGGAUGAGGAGUUAGACCACAUCAUAACUUCCCCAAGUUUGGGAAACCUGACAUCUAUGUACAUAGAGAAUUGUCAUAAAUUAAAAAACCUCUUCACCCCUUCCAUUGUCAAAUGCCUGGGGAAGCUCAAAAGACUUGAACUAUGAAGCUGCUCAACAAUAGAAGAAAUAGUCACAAAUGAGAAAAGAGAAAAAGAAGCAUCAGUAGAGAGGAUAGUGUUUCCUAGUUUGUACAUAUUGGAACUUGGAUAUCUAAACAACCUUACUUGUUUUAGCUCUGGAUCAUAUACUAUUGAAUACCCAGCAUUGGAGAGCGUACUGAUACGUGGAUGUGGAAAAAUGAAGACCUUUGGUUAUGGAGACCAAGUGACACCCAAGCUUAACAAAGUGCUUCUAGGAAUAUGGAAUGACCGUUGGAAUGACAACUUGAAUGCCACGGUGCAAGAGUUUUUCAAUGAACAGGCAAGUGUCCAUAGCACAAGGAGAUGGCAAGGCUCGCGAGUCCGGACUCCGGAGUCGUGUUUAUAGAAACAAGUGCAAAAGCAGGAUUCAAUAUCAAGCCUCUAUUUCGCAAGAUAGCGGCUGCAUUGCCAGGAAUGGAGACCCUUUCUUCCACAAAACAAGAAGACAUGGUGGAUGUCAACCUAAAGCCGACUGUGAGUUCAUCUCAGAUAGAUCAGAAACGAGGGGGUUGUGCUUGUUAAACAAAAUGUAGAAAAUAAUAUAGAAAGAAGCUACAACUUUGAAUCAUUCAACACUCUAAAGAGAAUUCAGCUAACUUGCCCACAACUUUUUGUUCAAUAUACUUUCAAGUUUUUGAGUAUUUUAAGUUGCUGAAGGAAUUAUCCUUCUGUUCCAGAAUACUAAAACAGAGUUCUGAUUUGUAUUUUUGAUUUUUCCCUUUUUUUUUUUCUUUUUUUGGGGUUCUUUUGAGGAACAUCUUUGAAAUGUUUGUAACUGAGAAGAGAUUGAUUCAUUUUUAGGCAUGUU